AUGAUGGUCAAAAACUGGAAGCGUUUACGGCGUAAAUUUGAAAAGGAUUUUGGAAAGUCAGAAGCUCAAAGCCUUGAUUUCAUUCCCACCACGUAUGAACUACCGGUAAGUCUGCGAAAAUUUGUCAGACAGCUGAAUCGGGAUUUCGUGAAGAUGGAGUAUCACAUGUUUAUCGAAGAAUUUCGCAAAUCACCCGGUUCCGUUUGGAUCAUGAAACCGGUGGCUAGAUCUCAAGGUCGUGGGAUAUUUCUUUUUCGCAAACUCAAAGAUAUAGAGGCAUGGAAACGUGUGGGUAUGGUGAGUCUGGUUACAUUUAUACUCCAAUUACGCUACUGGUCUAUCUAUUUGCAGACAGAACACCAAGCCUGCGGGGAUAUGCUCAACAGGGAACUUCCUGAAACUUAUGUUGUUUCAAAGUAUAUUGAUAAUCCUUUUCUGCUGUGUGGGAGAAAAUUUGAUCUCCGAGUGUAUGUGCUAGUUACAUCUGUAAGUGGUGUGGCUUGUUUCAACUACAUUUCCAUGGAGUUUAGUUCAACCCCCUAA